AUGAAAUUGGCUGAGCUUGCUGGACGGCUGUUGAAGGGGUCAGGUCACUCGCAGGCACAGCCAGGCGACGGAUCAUACUCCGAGACUCGACCUUCGUUCGAACGAGUGAGCGGCUCAUCUUUUGCAGCGUCACCCGAAUUGGGCGUCAGUGGAAGUGCCAGCAGUGAAGGCAUGGUUAACAGCGCCUUCGGAGAACUCAGAGCGCCAUCUCUGCACGCACCCUCGUGGGCAAAAGCUCGACCUCUCUCCGAUAUCCGCGAACUUACCGAACCGAGUCUGGCAGAUACAAUACCGCGAAGACUUCUCUCAGAUAAUAAUCUGCCUCGCAGCUUAUCUCGACCAGAGUUGUCACGAAAACAGUCUGCCGCAUCAAGGCGCCGGCCGAGUACAGACACUCGAUAUGGUGAGAAUCGAGAACCGGACAGGAAGAAUAGCGUCGACAGCAAUGGGGGCAGAUCUAUGUACCGAGGUCGAUCCUCUAGAACACCUUCACCACCGAGUCCUGCGGACAACAGCAGCCUUUCCAGUAUAUACAGCAUUCCACCUGGCAGUGUCCCACCCCGAUCCUCCUCGCGUACGCGUGCACGUAGCGAAUCUCGACCUCGACGGGCACAUGCAGCGCAACAAUUCUCGACAACCCAGCGGCCUCCUGCAAGUAUUGCAACACACACGAUACCUACGAUACCACGGCCUCCUUCGAGAGGCGCUGGCCAUACCAUACCUCGACAUGGCCAAUCCCUAUCCCCUUUACGCCAUGUCGCUACUCGAAUAGACCAUACAUCGUAUAACAAUAAUCGAUGCAUACCUUCCAGAACAUUCAUCCGCGAACCUCUGUCGAAAGAACUUCUCGAGUUUCCCUCGCAUCGCCAUCCUCGCAUUGAGCUGGGACUAGACCUGUCAGCAAGUAUAUUUGUCGGUGGUGGAUCGAUUGAGGGGACCGUUCAGAUCAACAUUGACGAUGCUGAGCGAAUUCGCCAUAGAAGGACGCUGGACAUUGCUCGAAUAUCUAUCGACUUGUUGGGUAUAGAGGAAAUGAGUGGGAGCAGACGCUCUGUCUUUCUCAAUCUUGCUACCGAGCUGAUCGACGAGGAUCACCCGCCACCGUCACACAUGGUCUACGAUCAGAAACCUAUCAGCUCUAACGAUUUGUUCUGGCACUUGAUGCCCUCCUUCACCAACCUGGCGUUUAGUCUGAGCCUGCCGCUUAAUGUUGGACCGCCACCUUUUCAUUCAAAGAACGCCCGCAUUCGAUAUGCAUUGUGCGUCUCGCUGCUCAUCCGUGACCACGGCAAGCAGUACAUCGUCAGAACGUCGGACGACGUUACUGUCCUAUCAGUCUACGAUCCCGAAAAAGCCCUCAUGUCACUCCCCAGCCCUCUCACUGCCUCAGAUGAGUGGGUCAAAAUCCGCGACACUUCACUGGAUGUUGUAAAAGUUACAGCGGGCCUGCACAGACAGGUCUGGGUCAGCGGCACCAGCAUCUAUGUCGAUGUACACAUUAUGAACAACAGCCGCAAAGCAAUUAAGAAGAUUGAACUACAACUGGAGCGAGAUAUCCUAUGUUACAAACACGCUGCGGCGUCAACCAUGGAGAAGUCUGCAGGUCAAGCACGAAUCUUUGACAACAACGAGCGCUCGAUCCUCAGUAAGAGCUCUGUGAAGCAGGGCGCUGCCGGAUGGCAUGGUGUACCUUCUCACCAGACACAUAUUCGCACUUGCGAUCUCGAAGUGCCCCGCGGACAUGCCACAGUGAAGUGCGGCAAAUAUUUUGAAGUCCGUUACUUCUUGAAUGUCAUCGUUGGCAGCGCCCAUACAAAACUCGUCACUGUUCAAUUGCCGAUCGUACUGAUUCACAUGAAUUCCCUUGACGUUGUGCCAAACUCAGUCGCGCAAGUAGCUAUGGCCAUAGAGGAAAAGCGGACCGCACACACAUACCAACGCGGCCACUCUCCAUCACAGCUGGGUCGCAAGCGCUCACAGUCUGUCCAAGGCCGCGCAUUUGCUGCGCCGCGAAUGCAGUCGCUCGAUCGAAUGCGAGCACAAGUGGAAGAUCUCCAAGAGCUCGGCGAGACACUCGAUCAUAGUCCUCGCAAGUACGCCAUCCGGCGCAUGGACUCGAAUUGGGAUUAUCAUACGCCGCCUUCCAAUCGCAAGGGCAGAGUCGUCGAAGAUGGUGUAGCUGCAGAGCUGCAGGACAGGUUGCGGAGAGUGCGCUCGAACGAGACUAUAGGUUCCAAACAGCAGACUUUGAACCGGGGCAACUCAUCAAAGUCGAAGCGUGCCCAGUCAGCACUCGGAUUCAGAGAGGCUGAAGUUCGGGAUGACAUGGAACUCGCAGGUCUAGGUAUAUCUGGUGAAGGCCCUUUCAAGCAACGACUGGAAAGAAGUCGCUCGCGACAAUAUCAAUUCGUCAAAAAGAAGAGCGUUGAGAGAUGGAAAGGCGUGGCCUCUUCCGGUGUGGGCUGGCUCAAGGGCAACAACGGCGGCAGCAAGGAUGAAAGGGUGCGAGAGGAUUGGGUUUGA